UGGCUCGUUCUGCUUUAAUUCCUGUCUUUCUGAUUACCGACAAAACGUUGUUCAUGGCACAGAGGGCCAAGUGCGGGGUUGUAGGUUUGAACUAAUCACAGACCACACUGACGUGUUGAUGGUGUGUUGCUAGAGCUGAUUCUUCCGAGCAUGUGGUUAAGACAUGGAACCUUAUUAAGGACUUGGUAAGUAGCUGGACUUUGAAAAUUAUAAACUGAGUUGCCGUUUUCUGCACCAUGGGCGUAACUCAAUUGUUUCAGGUGCACAGAUUUAUCGUCAGACACAUAACGGAUGAACAGAUUUAUCGUCAGACACAUAACGUAAUGAACAGAUUUAUCGUCAGACACAUAACGUAUGAACAGAUUUAUCGUCAGACACAUAACGUAUGAACAGAUUUAUCGUCAGACACAUAACGGAUGAACAGAUUUAUCGUCAGACACAUAACGUAUGAACAGAUUUAUCGUCAGACACAUAACGGAUGAACAGAUUUAUCGUCAGACACAUAACGUAUGAACAGAUUUAUCGUCAGACACAUAACGUAUGAACAGAUUUAUCGUCAGACACAUAACGGAUGAACAGAUUUAUCGUGAUUUUUUUUUAGUUUGUAGCUGCACUAACUGGUCGCAAUCGUUUCGAUAUAAUAUUGUGCGUUAUUUUAGUGAAAUUAUACAAGAUAUUUCGUGGAUGUUUGAAUAUUUUUGGUUAUCAUUUUUCUGUUAAUUUUCUUCCCCUCAUAAAUUAACACAACCAGCUUGCAAGAAAUGUUAAUCAUUAGGCGCCUAGAGGAGUACACACCAAGUGAAUGUCAUUAAAAAAAAAUUAUUGACCAAUUAUCUCCACUGUGUCAAAAGAUCACAUCUACACGCACGUCUUAUAACCAGAUAGUAGAUUAGUCUUUGGGCUUAGAAGAGUACACACCAAGUUAUUGUCAUUAAAACCCAAUUAUUGACCAACUUUAUUAAUAGGUCGCCACUGUGUGAAAAGAUGACAUCUUCACGCACGUCUUAUAACGAGCUAGUAGAUUCGUUAUUGACGUUAUUGUAUUGAUUCAAAAUCUGAAUUUGUUUGAGUUUCCGUAAUGUUUUUUUCUUUCUUUGACGAAAAAAAAAAUUUGUUAAAUUAUCAAUUUUUUUCAAUAAAUCAAUUUCUUAAAUGUAUCAAUUUCUUCAUAUAUUAGUUGCUCCAAUAUAUCAAUUCCUUCAAUGUAUCAAUUUCUUUUAAAAAAUUUCAAUUUCUUCAAUGGAUCAAUUUCUUCAAUAUAUGAAUUUCUCAAAUGCAUCAAUUUUGAGGUUAAAUUGUUCCCUUAUGUUUUUCUUCAAGAUUACUUAACCGAUACCUUCUAGUAAAACUUAAGUAAUUAUUUCUAACAUUUAUUUAGCACACUUAUUUCUGAAAAGGGGCCUUCUCUUAGCAACGACAACUAUUCCCAUAAGCAGUUGGACGUCGUUUUAAACUCGUACCAUUGUUUAUAUUUAAAAUGGUCUUGGGACUUCAGCAGUCUUUCCAGUACUGAAUCCUAUAGGUGUUUUACUUUACUUUCGUAAGUCAGCUAGGGGUUAGUUAUAAGACCGGUCAUGGUUAGCUGGCAGGGCCAAAAACACGAUCUUGUGUAUGUGUGUCCCGUCACGACAGUAAUCAAUGGCGCCAUUUAAUGAUUUACAAUAGAUAACUUAUUGAUCAAAUGUCAGUCCCUUUGCCCUAAUGGAAUGUGGUAGCCAUGCAAUACAAUUAUAUCAGUGACAUAGACACAUCUUUGGCCCAAAUGGAAUGUGGUAGCCAUGCAAUACAAUUAUAUCAGUGACAUAGACACAUCUUUGGCCCUAAUGGAAUGUGAUAGCCUCACAAUACAAUGAUAUCAGUGACAUAGACACAUCUUUGGCCCUAAUGGAAUGUGGUAGCCUUACAAUGAAAUUAUAUCAGUGACAUAGACACAUCUUUGGCCCUAAUGGAAUGUGAUAGCCUUACAAUACAAUGAUAUCAGUGACAUAGACACAUCUUUGGCCCUAAUGGAAUGUGAUAGCCUUACAAUACAAUGAUAUCAGUGACAUAGACACAUCUUUGGCCCUAAUGGAAUGUGAUAGCCUUACAAUACAAUGAUAUCAGUGACAUAGACACAUCUUUGGCCCUAAUGGAAUGUGAUAGCCUUACAAUACAAUGAUAUCAGUGACAUAGACACAUCUUUGGCCCUAAUGGAAUGUGUUAGCCUUAUAAUGCAAUUAUAUCAGUGACAUAGACACACCUUUGGCCAUAAUGGAUUGUGGUAGCCUUGCAAUACAAUUAUAUAGGUGACAUAUACACAUCUUUGGCCCUAAUAGAAUGUGGUAGCCUUGCAAUACAAUUAUAUUAGUGACAUAUGCACAUGUCGGUUAUUUAAAUUCAUACGUCGACUGUGUUUACUCGAACAAAAAAAAGAGGAAAAACAACACAUCUUUUCCCUGAAGUCUUUUGGAGAUGUAAGUUACCAUCAAUAGUAAUAUUUAUCUUCCUUAAAGCCCGUGUAUGCUAAGAAAAAAUAUUUUCCUUUCUUUAUAUGUAACCAUAGAUUUGGCAUGUUACUCUAUAGUUAUAUGUAAAACUAUUCUUUAAUUUCGUGUCAAAAUUAUUAUUAAUGUACGAUGAAAAACAUAUAACAUUCCCUUGAUGUAUCUACAGCUGUGAUGACUCAGAAAAAGACGAUCUCCGCCAUGCAUUGGCUUAAAAUUUCAUCAGCCGUCAGAUAAGACAGUUGUUCAAAAUGACUUAUGAACUAUAUAUAAUUUUAACUUCAAAUGAGAUCGAACGAGCAGCUUUGCUUUUCAAAGACAAAAACAAUUAAACCUGAUACUCUUCGUACCUGUUAAUACGUCAACGUAGAUCUAUAACAUCAAAACUGAAAAUGACAUCCCUCAAACCUAGAAGUGCUCCGUCAGGGAUGAAGUCGAAAUUCAUCAAAAACCGAACAAGUGCCAUGAAAGAAAUCCAAGCUUGGGUGCGCAACAACAACGAGUACUCUCUAACACCGGAUGUGACGAGGAACUCGGGUCAGCUGGCAGACAACGUCACGGAAGAGCGCAUGCUGAAAGCGAAGCUUCUCGAGCUUUCUAAAGAGCGCUACAAGUUUCUGAUCCAGAACGCUUACGAAAAGAAAAUUUUCGAAGACAGGCAACAGAAGAAGCCGGCGCUCAGACACAUUUUCUCCGCCCCUACCGAAGCGGGAAUUCGCCUUCACUCGUCAAAUCGGAGAACAUCAAAGAACUCUUCGUCAAUCACACGCUCAGCUUACACGGAGAAGCCACAACCGGCCAACGUGUUACCAGGUAGUUCCAGCAGUGUCGAUGGCACACUGAAUCCCAGCGUUAAAUUUGUUCUAGAAAAUGAACCAAACAUAGCAAAUGAAAAUAUUAGCGCAUCUCAAACAAAAACGUAUGAACUGAACACUGUGUCAGUUGUAAACGACUUUCCUGGCGUGCGUCUAGGACAGGUAUCGAAUGGGAUGAAGGAGACGGCACAGUCUUUGGAUAACUUACAUUUCUCCUCCAAAAGGAAUAGUCUUACAGCUAAUUCCAUGAAACCUGCCGUUGCCAGUGGCCUGCCCCAAUCAAGGUUAUCAAAAACGGCAGUUAACAGGAGAAUAUCAGAGACAACGCUGCAAUCCCAAACAUCAGCUUCUCUAUGGAGCUCAGAGUCACCCCGGGCGUCCAAGCCUGCUCUGUGGAUUUCGUCCCUGACCCCGUCUAACGCGGUCACAGGAAGUGUAUCCUCCAUUACAACUUCCGGUCCUUCUUGGUUGAGUCGGGAAAAGCCAGUCAGCAAAUAUGGACAGCGCAUAGAAAGCCUCACCAGCGACCCGCGCUAUGUUUUUCUAGAACAAAAGCUCAGUCCCAUGCUGAAGAGUGAAAAGGUCAUCGACGUGGACGCUAUAGUUGAAAAAAAAGAAGCAUUGCAUGCAAGACCUCGGAGACGUACCUCGGAUACAAAGAAAUCUAAAAUAGAAGUGAAAGCAUUGGAGUUCAUGAAAGAGAGAGGUUUCUCCUUUUAAAUAUUUGGAAACAGAACAUAGCAAAUAUGAAUGGAUAAUAAAUGUUGCACUGCGUUCAAGCGAUGUGAAGGGAAUAGUGGAACGAGGUAUGUGAAAGCUUGAAACAGAAAGAAAGGACAAUACAAUGAGAACAUUUCGGCUAAGCAUUCGUCAGCUUAAAGAAUAAAUGACGAAGGGACAAGAAAUAGAAAUUUCAAUUUCAAUUUAAAACUUCCACAUACCUUGUUCCACUAUUUCCAAAACUACUGCCGUACAUAAGAUAGCACAAGCCUUAGCAAGAAAUUAGUGGUGGAAAAUGGCUUAUAACAAACAGUAAAUUUAAAGCGAUUCUUUGUUAUAAAGAAAAUAACUUUCUGUCACAAUUUGAAAAUUUUGAAAUUAGGGAACUAACGGAUUUAGAUUAAAAAACAAUAUUUUUACUUUUUUGGGAUGACGCCGGCACAUUAUGUUAUCUUGCGCAAUCUUUAUGUCACGAGAUGCCAGAACUCACCAACGUAAAACUUUAUAAAGAAAGGAAUAUUUGAUUUCUUCUUUUUACAUUUUUUUUUUAUAAUGGCGUUCUUUUUUUUUGUUUUUGUUUUGUUUUUGGAUCGUAGUUUACUUCUGAGAACUACAACUACACAACUAUCAUGAACGCGUUUUUUGCAAAUUACUCAAAACUACUGCCUGAUAAUAUAUGUUAUUGGCAUUUUGGUACGUUGUGAUUACAAAUGCAUUUUCACUGAACAAUUUAUACGUAUUAAAAUAAAAGGGGUUGUUAUUCGGGCAAAAACUUAAAAUAUUUUCUGAAUAAAUUAAAAAAUCAAAACCUUCUUACCUCAAAUUAUAUUACAGCCAUUUAAUAUGAUUAGCUUUAUGAAAAAUAACUCUUAGGUUUAAUUACAAAACAAAAAGGGAAACAAUCCUAUUAUUAUUGUUUAGUUGAUUUUGUUUUUUUUUGGUUCUCUCCCUCAAAUAGUGUUCAUUUCAUAAAAGCAAUUUAAUGAUUAAUUUAAUGUUUAUAUUCCAUUUUGGUUUUAAAUUCAACGUCUUAUCUUCCCUAUGCAUGAGUUGUAAACCUAUUUGCCAGCUGAUGUCAUCUCUAGUUAGUGUGUUGAGCUGGUGAAUUUAGAGUUAACAACUAUAAUAUAAGUAUCAUGAUGUGGACUCCUUCAAUUGAUAUGGAAGUCUUGAGUAGUGCUCU